UUUUUUCUUUUUCUGACAGGAAAUAACACAUUUUUAGAUCCUCUUUCACCCUGAUUAUAAGCAUGAUGUGACCCAACUUACUGUUUCUUUGGUAGGGUGGAGGAUGUGGAGACGUACAUGGUGGACCCUUGGUCUUCUGUCUGUGGUGUUUACAGUAUGUUCCGUCACAGACGACUGGAAGAUAAAGGUUCUAAAGGAGGUCACUGUCUCCAGAGGGGAGGACGCCGUCCUCGGCUGCUCCCUCAUUAAUCUUGGACAACAGCUCUUCUCCGAGGACAUCCUUGUGCAGUGGCUCGCCAGAGAUCCAGAAACGUCUCCUUUUAUCAGCUGUUCCAUUAGUCAGCAGUCGACUCAUCAGGAUCUCAGAGACUGUUUGACUCCUGCGGGGAAAUAUUCGCUGACUGAAGACCUGCAGCGAGGAAACCUCUCUCUCCGUAUCAGGAGUGCACAGUUUAUCGAGCUUCAUGUAGGUCAGCCCAAGAUACUGAGUCUGACUGUGGAGGAGACCGGCACCAGCCAGAACGCCUCCAGGUGGCUGAAGUGUGAAGCGGAGGGAAACUCACGGCCCAAAAUUGUGUGGCUGACGGCCUCAAGGAUGAAAUCAGAAAAAAAGGCGACCGAGUCCUCACCUGAUCAGUACCGAGUCAUCAGCUCGGUGCCGUAUCCUGAGGAUGGAGAGGAGCUAACCUGCAGGGCGGAGAACGAGCUGGGCCACGUGGAGAGAACCCACCUGACCAACCACACACCGCUAAUACCGUUAGCUGUGUGUGGUGCCUGCCUUCUACUGCUGCUGCUGCUCUCUGCAGGGGUGACAGUGUACUGCAGAAGAAAGAAAGCCUCAGAAGUGACAGCAGUCGAGGCUGCUAUUUAUGAGAAGGCUGGAGGUGAAGGGGUUCAGGGCCGUCAGCUGCCAACAUCCAGCAGCAGAAACAGUGAGUCAUUGAUUUAUACUGCCAUCACUGCGCCUGGCUCCGCCUCCUCGCCAUCUGUAAAUUUCCAGAAGCAUCAUGAAGCAGGUAUUGUUUACUCAGGUGUCAACCUGAAUCCGCAAGGACACGCCCACUGAGGACAUGCCCGCAGAGGACACACCCACCGAGGACACGUGGGUCAUGUGAUGAUGUUUGUUUUUAACUGUGAAUAAAGACAUUGUCGGUGAAACCACAGCA